AUGAUCUUUAAAUCUCACAUCUUAGGAAACAUAUGCAAGCUAUAUCAAGUUUGGUUGUGCAUCCACUUAAGGAAGACUUAAUCAUAAGUGGCUCUUUUGAUAAGACAAUCAAUUUUUGAUUAUAUCGAUUUUCUCCAUCUUCGCGUUCUUAAUGGUAGUGUAUAUAAACCAUUAAUUAACAUUAAGAGAUGAUUUAUGGAUUAUCUAUAAACAAAGAGGAAAAUACUUUAAUUUCUUGUGGUCAAGAUAAUUAAAUAUUAAUAAUGCAAGGAUCAAGAUAAAUGGAAUGGCAAAUAAAAUAGAAGAUUAAAUUAGAUGGGGAAGGAUAUAGAAUAGUUUUUAUUACUAAUGAACUUUUUGGAUUUUAAUCAAAAAUACCUAGAAAUCGUCUUUUCUUAUACUAGCUUGAUGAAAAUACAUAAGUGAUCAACAAAUUAUAAGAUAUUAUUGUAAAAGAUAGUCUACCCUCUUGUUUAUAUAGAUAAUAAAAAAAUUCUUAUAUUUAAAAAUGGAUAGAAAGUUAAUUUAAUAAAAUGAACAUUCUCUCCAUUAAAUUAAAUACUCAAUUAAAUUUAAACAAUAGAUUAUGGAUUCAAAACAAAUGGCUGGCUAUUUGGUAUUAUUAUACAAGAUGGGGAGUAUUUGAUCACCUCGGAUCAAAAGUCUAAGAACAUUUAAAUACGAUCAUAUUAAGAAAACAUAAUCAAAUAAGAAUAAAACUUAAAAAAUAUUAAAUAUAUAUAUUUUCGAAACUAUUAAAAAUUAUUUGGAAAUUACUCUUGGAUCGUCAAAAAAUCUAAAUGGAACUGUGUAGUUGGGAAUCAAUUAAUAGUAUUAGAGUUGUUACAAUUAAUAUAAUAGAAAAGUGA